AUGAGUUUCUAAUAAUAAUAAUAACAAUAAGCUUUUUUCGAAUAAUAAAUCUCUGGGCAUUCUAUAUUUAUUAAACUUAAUGACGGUGAGUUUGUAGCGAAGUCCCACUCAAUUGAAAAUAAUAAUGAAUAAAAGUAUUUCUAUAAAGCUAAUUAGUUUUUAUGAAUGGAUUCAGCACAUAGAUGGAUAUUAAGAGUUCUUCUCUCAAUACAAUGGUGUUGUAAUUCUAGAAAAAAAUCAAGAAAUAUCAAAAUAAGAAACAAUCAACUCUCAAUAAAAAUGGUUAGAUACUCUUAUUUCAAAGAGGUAUAAUCCAAAUAAUAAGAGUAAAUAUUUUAACAAUUUCUUAGAAUAUUUAAUACUUGAAAACUUGACUUAAAACUCUUCCAAUUUGAGAAUUCUAGAUCUGAAAUUAGGCUAUUCAGUUGAAAAAUAAUCGCAUAUUUAGCGUUAUCAGGAUUCAACUUCCUCUAAAGUAGGCCUCAGAAUUUGUGGAAUGAAAAUACAAGAAAAUAAUGAAUUGGUUUUGUUUAAGGAUAAGCAUUGGGGUAGAACCAUAUCUGUGUAGGAAUUAAUUGAGUCACUUAAGAUUUUUUUUAGUUUAAAAAAUAGAAAUUGUAAGUUAAGUUUAUUAAAUUUAGAAAUUUUAAAAGAGGCCAUCGAGAAACUAGAAUCACUAAAGCAAUUCAUUAUUAGUCAUUGUAAGCAAGUGACCUCAUGGUAAGGCACAAGUCUGUUAUUGAUUUAUCGUGAUGAUAAUGAUUUUAAAAUUAAGUUGAUUGACUUCUCUAAUACCAAGGUGGACCUAGAAUCUACUCAAAUUAAUACUGAGAUAAUCAAAGCUUUAAAUAGCCUUUAAGAUAUAAUAAAGCAAAUUUGA